UUAAUUGAAUUUAAUAGAAUUAAAAGAAUGACUAGCAAAACUGUAAUUCAAAACUCUCUUUAGAUUUUACAAUAAUUGGAAAAAGAGCUUGAAAAGAGCAAAACAUCCAUUCAAUCUCAAUCUUCCAUGUCAUAAUUAUCGUCUUCUUCUCCCUUGCAGAGGAAUUAGUAAUAAAGCAUUAAAUAAGAAAAUUCAAAAUAAUCAGAAGCAAUAAACAUCAUAAAUGAAAUAGAUUUAAUAUAAAAUAAAUAAUAUAAAUAAGCAUCUCAACAAAACUCUUCUACUGUUAAAAUAUCACCGCUAAAGCGCAAAUUGUUUUCAGAAGAUGCAUUUCAAUAAAAAUGUAAUUUUCUAGAGAAAAGUAUACAAUAAGAAAGUAAAUAAUUUAGUCAAGAUAUAGAAUUUCUGUAUAGAGGUUUAGAACAAACAACUUAGAGACUUUAGUAGCUUUUACAAAACCCAAAGAUUUAUUAAUGA